UUAUCAUUCCUGUGCAAACCAAAGAAACUAGUAUUGAAUAUGCCUUCUAAUUCAGUCCACUCUUUGAGACCUUCUGACAUUAAACUCGUAGCAGCCAUUGGCAGCCUGGGAAUUCCUCCAGACUCCGGCAUGGUCACCGUGGAGAAACCUACAAGAACUGAGAACAAAGCCCAGCAGACAUGUAUGGGAGUGAUGACAGCUCUUUCAGACAUCAUCAGACAUUUCAACCCUUCUGUUCUGAUGGCCACGUGCUCUCCUGAGAGGAGUGAUGUAGCCUCCAGUGCUGCUGAAGACUUGUUGAUUCAGGCUAAAGAUUUGGUGAGAAACUUAAAAGAAAACCCGCAACUUGACUUUCAGCAUGACUGGAAACUCAUCAAUGUGUUUUUCAAUAACGCAAGCCAGUGUUACCUGUGUCCCUCUGCUCAACAGAAAAGAUACUUGAUAAAGCACAUGGACAAGUUGGUGGAGAUUCUGAACUACUUGCACCAAGAGGUCCCCAGAGCAUUUGUGAACCUGGUGGAGCUCCCUGAGGUUACAACCAUGUCUCAUCAGGGGACUGGGUUCAGCCCUGCAUCAGAGCUCUGCAGUUGCUCAGGGGAGACCUCAAAGCUGUCUGAGGCUGUCAUGCAGUGGUCCUAUCAGGAAGCCUGGGAAGGUCUCCUGGCCUCCAGCAAGUUCAACAAUCACGAGUCCUUCACAGUGGUUUUCCAGCCUUUCUUCUAUGAUAUAGCACUACCCUCAAAGAGGUCCUCACCCCAAGAUUCCACCACACUCGCUGUCAGCAUCUGGAACAACAUGAUGGAACCAGCAGGACGCAAAAAUGAGCCAUUUGAUGCAACAGAGAGGAGGACAAUAAAAUGUCCCUCUCAGGAUAGUCCCUAUCUGUUCACCUAUAAAAACAGCAACUACCAGCCCAAACUGCUGAAACCCCUAGGGCGGCUUCAGAUGAGAGAAGGAUCAGAAUUCAAUUGUCCUGACAAGAACCCCUCCAAUACGGUUCCCACGACAGUUCACAGGCUGAAGCCAGCUGACAUCAAGGUCAUUGGAGCCAUGGGUGACUCUCUAACAGCAGGCAAUGGGGCCGGGUCCAAGCCUGGGAACGUCUUGGAUGUCCUGACUCAGUAUCGAGGUCUGUCCUGGAGCAUCGGCGGAGACGAGAACAUCCACACAGUGACCACCCUGGCUAAUAUCCUCCGGGAAUUCAAUCCUUCCUUGAAGGGUUUCUCUGUUGGCACUGGAAAAGAAAACACUGCUAGAGCUUCUUUCAACCAGGCUGUGGCAGGAGCCAAAGCUGAUGGCUUAGUCGCCCAGGCCAUCAAGCUGGUGAACCUGAUGAAGAAUGACAAGACAAUAAAUUUUCAGGAAGACUGGAAGAUAAUCACUGUGUUUAUAGGAGGGAAUGACCUCUGUGAUUCCUGUAAUGACCCGGUUCACCAUUCUCCUGAGAACUUCACGAACAGCAUCAGGGAAGCCCUGGACAUCCUCCAUGCCGAGGUUCCCCGGGCCUUUGUGAACAUGGUGGAGGCACUUGAGAUCAUCAACCUAAGGGAACUGUACAAGGAACAACAAGUCAACUGCCCACGGCUGGUCCUGAGGAUCUUGUGUCCUUGCGUCCUGAAGUUUGAUGAUAAUGCCACAGAACUUGCUGCCUUGGUUGAAAGGAACCGGCAGUAUCAGAAAGGAACUCAACAGCUGAUUGAGAGCAGGCGCUAUGACACCCGGGACGAUUUCACUGUGGUCCUACAGCCGUUCUUUGAAAAAAUAGAUGUUCCAUGGACCCCGGAUGGCUUGCCAGACAGCUCUUUCUUUGCCCCAGACUGUUUCCACUUCAGCGCCAAGGGUCAUGCCCGAGUAGCUGCUGCCCUCUGGAAGAACAUGCUGGAACCUGUUAACCAGAAGACAAGAAAGUAUGACUUUGAAAUCAAGACCCCUAUCAUGUGUCCUAACAAGACCUGGCAGUUCCUGAGCACUCACAAGAACAAUGCACAGGACUAUGGAACCUGGAUGCUAUGUGAAGACAAAGCCCCUUCUGCCUCUCCCCCAACCUCAGUGCAUGCCCUGAGACCCGCAGAUAUACAAGUUGUGGCAGCUCUGGGGGACUCACUGACUGCUGGCAGUGGAAUCGGCUCCCAAGAAGGCAACCUCCCAGAUGUCAUCACACAGUACCGGGGAUUGUCAUUUAGUGCUGGCGGGGAUGAGUCCCUGGAGAACGUGACCACCUUACCCAAUAUCCUCCAGGAAUUUAAUGGAAAUCUCACAGGCUAUGCGGUGGGCACCGGUGAUGCCAGUUCUACAAAUGCAUUCCUUAACCAGGCUGUUCCUAGAGCGAAGGCUGAGGACCUUGCAAACCAAGUCCAGACUCUGCUUCAGAGGAUGAAGAAUGACCAUAGAGUGAACUUCAACCAAGACUGGAAGGUCAUCACGGUGAUGAUUGGAGUCAGUGAUUUAUGUGACUUCUGCACAGAUUCAAAUCUGUACUCCGCAGCCAAUUUUUUUGACCAUCUCCGCAAUGCCUUGGACAUCCUGCAUAGAGAGAUGCCCAGAGCCCUGGUCAACCUCGUGGACUUCAUGAACCCCAGUGUCAUCCGGCAAGUGUUCCUGAAAAACCCAGACAAGUGUCCAGUGCAUCAGGCCAGUGUCCUGUGCAACUGUGUUCUGACCCCAGCGGAGAACUCCCACGAGCUGGCCAGGUUGGAGGCCUUCACCCAAGCUUACCAGAGCAGUAUUCUCCAACUGGUAGAGUCAGGCCGCUAUGACACACGAGAGGACUUCUCCGUGGUGCUGCAGCCCUUCUUCCUCAACACUCUGCUCCCCAUCCUAGAGAAUGGACAUCCAGAUACAUCAUACUUCGCCCCAGAUUGUAUCCACCCAAAUCAGAAAUUCCAUUCUCAGCUUGCCAGAGCCCUUUGGGUCAAUAUGCUUGAACCAUUGGGAAAGAAAACAGAUACUUUGGACCUGAGAGCAUUCAUAGACGUGGCCUGCCCGACCCAGGAUGAGCCCUUCCUGAGAACCUUCCGGAACAGUAACUACACAUACCCUACCAAGCCAGCCAUUGAGAACUGGGGUAGUGACUUCCCAUGCAUGGAGCAGAAUCCUUCCAAUAGUGUUCCCACCUCCGUCCAUGAGCUCCGACCAGCAGACAUCAAGGUGGUGGCAGCUCUGGGUGACUCAUUGACUACAGCCAUGGGAGCUCGACCAAGUGAUUCCAGCAGCCUAAGCACCUCCUGGAGGGGGCUGUCUUGGAGCAUCGGAGGAGAUGGGAUAUUGGAGACCCAUACCACACUGCCCAACAUUUUGAAGAAGUUCAACCCUUCCAUUCUUGGAUUCUCUACUGGUACCUUGGAAGAGACAGCAGGAUUAAAUGUGGCAGUGGAAGGGGCCAGAGCUCGGGACAUGCCAGCCCAGGCCCGGGCCCUGGUGGAGAGGAUGAAAAACAGACCUGAAAUCAAGCUGGACAAAGACUGGAAACUGAUCACAAUCUUUAUUGGGGGCAAUGACUUGUGUCAGUACUGCGAGGAGAAUUCGGAGAACCACUCUGCGGAGGAAUAUGUGGAGCACAUCAGGCAGGCUCUGGACAUACUCUAUGAGGAGCUUCCCAGAACUUUCGUCAAUGUGGUGGAGGUCAUGGAGCUGGCUGGUCUGCACCGAGGCCAAGGCGAGAAAUGUAGUAUGCCGCUGGCAGUUCAAAGCAACUGCAGCUGCCUUAAACGCUCUGAAAAUUCCCUGGUGAUACAGGAGCUGAAGAAAGUGAACUGGAACCUCCAGAGUGGCAUCUCCACGUUCUACUGGCGCCGAUACACACAGCGUGAGGACUUUGCGGUUGUUGUACAGCCUUUCUUCCAGAACACUCUUGUCCCACUAAACGAGCGAGGGGGCAUGGACCUCGCCUUCUUUUCCGAAGACUGUUUUCACUUCUCAGAACGCGGGCAUGCUGAGAUGGCCAUUGCCCUCUGGAACAACAUGCUGGAACCAGUGGGCCAUAAGACAACUUCCAAUAACUUCACCUACAGCCGAAGCAAACUCAAGUGCCCCUCCUCGGAAAGUCCCUUCCUCUACACCCUUCGGAAUAGUCAGCUUCUCCCAGAACAGGCUGCUGAAGUGUCCUAUUGGAAAGUGCUGGUGGCAGCAAUAGGUGGCCUCAUAGCUGGUGUCCUUGGAAUGAUACUGUGGAGAAAUGUGAAAGGCCGCCGGAAGGAUGUUCCUGAAAAUCUGAAUACUAUGAGGUUCUAGGACCCUAAGGGGAUCCUCCUCCAAAUUCCCAGCCACACUCCUCACCAAAUCCUUGACUGCAGCAGCCCUAGCCACCACGGCCAGCCUUGCUUCUAAGCCUGGUGCUCUCAGAAGCCAAAGGGACAGUCACAACUUCUUGAGAACUGCCCUGCUUCCAGCUUUAUGCUCCUAGAAUUGGCAAAUUUCAAGAAAGGGCAGAGCCUUUGUUGAAAAGCGGUUCUGUUCUUAGCUUAGCUUGCUCCUAGCUCUUACCCUUCAUCUGUUGAGGGCACAAGUAUGAGAGCAAAGUUGCUUGGGUCUUGUCUCAGGCACAGUUGCCUGGGAGGCAAGACCAGGGCCCAGACUGGCCCAUUCUAGCUUCAUCUCAGGAUUAUGGGAAACAUGCCCUCAGCCACCAAACACAGUUUCAAAGAGAGAGAAAACACUGGUCAUCCAGCAGUGGCUGGAAUCUAGAGCUGGCUGGUCAUUGUUCUAUUCAACUCAACACAUAGGUGUGUGCUCACACCUGUACUACUCUGUGCCCAGGACAAUAAGAGCAUUGUGAUGCUUCCUGGGCUGUGCAUGUCACAGCCUGGCUAAGAGGACAAACUCCUUCAAAAGAACAAAAGUAACACAUGACAACAUGCAGCUGAUUACUUGUAGAUGUAUCUGGCUGCUUGAGAGACUGUAAGAGGUUGCUCUGGAAGUUUCCCUGGAAGAGAGCAUACCAUUUUAGAGGAAAAAAAAAAUAGAACACUCUUGUGUCAUGUCCCUUCCACCUGAUUUUCUCAAGGUGCUAAUUUUAGGCAAUAAUUCCUAGCUCUACAUUAGCAGGUGUCUGAGAGAAAUCUAGACUGAGUCUGAAAAUGCAGACCAUUUAUCAGUCAGCCUAGGACAAGGCCAGAGCUUGAAUGCUCCAUACACAUUCUCCCUUUUAGUCGGCACAAAACCCAAGGAAGAACACUGAAAACGGCCGUGGUGAUCCUACAACACUGUGAAUGCACUAAAGUAAUUGAGUUAUUAGUUUUAAAAAAUAAUUAUAUGCCAUGUAAAUUUCACCUCAAUAAAAACAAA